AACCUGUGAAAAGAAGAGGGAAGAAAAAAAAUGUCAUCUUCUUCCACCUCCCUCGCUUCCCCUCUCCUCGCCCUCGCUCAUGGCCGCCCCUCUCCCACCUCAAAGGCACAACCUUUCCUCGCUGCCCGGCGCAGCGCCGCCAGGUCCUCGCCCUCCGCCUCCGCUCGAGCCUCCUCUCCGUGGCGGGCCCUCCCGGCGCCUCGCGCGAGCGGCGGGGAGCAGGACGGCCGCGUGCAGGAGCUGAGGGUGCCCAGUUCUUGGCUCACGCCUGCAGGUGCAGAGCAGGAAUCCGAAUGGCUGAGGGAAACACUGCACAAGUGGCUCGACGACGAGUACUGCCCCGAGCCGGCCAACGUGGACAUCAGCAACACCGCUGCGCGGUCAUACUACGAGUCCCUCACAGCAAAAGAGUCUGACCUGGGAGAGAUCCUACUGAAGAUGGUCGGAGAUCUGCAGAAGCUGUCGUACCAGGAGAGCUUCCAUGGGGCGUUCUCGGCUGCCAAUGCCGCGGUGCGUUUGAUAUCACAGAGGAUGGAGUCGUCGUCACCGGAUGACUGAUCACUGGGCAAGCAAAGUGCUAGGUGAGUUUUGCUGUUUGCAAACCAUUCUAGCAGGAAAUCGACUCCUCGGAUCUGAUUGGCACGAGCACUUCUUUGCUUACUGAAUUGGGCUCAUCAGGUUUCUUUGUCCAUGAGUGCGUGUGCUUGGUUUGGAGAAAAAUGGAAAGAUGUAAUCCUGUAACUGUAAGUAUAGUGCUAAGGAUAUACUGAUCCAAAAUUUUGCUUCUUGUCUACAACAGUUACCGGCUUACCGUGAUUUUGAGGAAAAUAUUACUGGUGGUUCUGAAUCAAAUGUUGUCAAAGUCUAUAAUACUUGAAAAUGCUCCUUUUUUUUUCUCUCUCUCUCUCUCUGAAGUCUCAGCUUGUUAAAUAUACCAUGAAA